CUCUGUGGUUUUAAUCUAAUUAAUCUUUGGUUUAAUAUAAAAAAAAGGUGAAACGUCCAUUAUAUUCUCUAGUGUAAAUCAGUGUUUUUUCUUUACUUAUUAAUUUAUCUAUUACACGAGAUUUUUCAAUAAGGAAUAUUUAAUUAUACUUUACCCAGUGUUGAUAAUGGCUGAUGGUGUACAAAUAUUAAGGCGCAAUCGCCCAGGGUUUAAGGCAAAGGAUUUUUGCCGCUGGCCAGAUGAGCCUUUUGAAGAAAUGGACAGCACAUUGGCUGUCCAACAAUUUAUACAACAAACCAUUCGUCGUGAUCCAGCCAAUUUAGAAGCUAUAUUAAAAAUGCCUGAGGCACAAGAUGAAGGAGUUUGGAAAUAUGAACAUUUAAGACAAUUCUGCAUGGAAUUGAAUGGACUGGCCGUCAGGUUACAAAGUGAAUGUAAACCUGAGACAUGCACACAAAUGACAGCAACUGACCAAUGGAUUUUUUUGUGUGCUGCACACAAAACUCCUAAAGAAUGUCCUGCCAUUGAUUACACUAGGCACACCCUUGAUGGCGCAGCUUGCUUAUUGAACAGCAAUAAAUAUUUUCCAAGCAGAGUCAGCAUCAAGGAAUCUUCAGUUGCUAAGCUGGGAUCCGUAUGCAGAAGAGUUUAUAGAAUAUUUUCACAUGCCUAUUUUCAUCAUCGGUCUAUAUUUGAUGCAUUUGAAAAAGAAACUCAUUUAUGCAAGAGGUUUACUUAUUUUGUUACAAAAUAUUCAAUAAUUGCAAAGGAAAUUUUGAUUCUACCCAAGCUUGAUGAUGAGACACCAAUUACACCACCUGUUGGCGAAUCAGAAGCCUGAGAAUUAAAGAAAUAAAUUGUUUUGUGUCUAUUUAUUCUUAUAUAUGUGAUUUAUAAGUAUUGAGCUCAGAAUCUUCACUGUUACAUAAGAAUAUAGAUGUACCUAGUAAUAAUUUUAUUCUUAAAUUGUUUAGUGUAUGCAUACUGUACUAUUAGAUUAUUUAUAUAAUAACAGACACAUAGAAUAUUGUAAUACUGUAUUGUAAAGUAAAACAAUUUAUAUAAACUUUAUAUAUCAUUACUGAUUUGCAAUUUUGUGGUCUGUCAAUGCAAUCAACAUUAUAAAAACUACUAAUGUAAGUAAUUUAAAGAUCUAUAACUAGGAAUUAGCAAUAUGAAUAUUGUAUUAAACUUGACACCAUAAUCACUAUUCUGAUUAUAUUGUUUAAAUUACUAUUUAGUUGAACUUAAUGUAAAAAUAUAUUUACUUUCAAACUGUUUUUUUUUUUAAUAAAAAUAAUUUUAAUAUAA